AAAUGAAGCUGACAUCAUAGUGACGGUGUUCAUUCUUCAGCGGAGGACCACUCCAGGACAAAAACAUGCAGGCCAUUAUUGCAAGGAAUGGGCUAGAGACUUCAGAGCCUGUGAAAGCAGAGGUUAAAGGUUCAAUCCCCUCGUGGCUCAAGGGCACUCUGCUAAGGAAUGGACCAGGGCUUUUCUCAGUGGGCAACUCUGAGUACAACCACUGGUUUGAUGGACUGUCGCUCAUUCACAGCUUCACCUUCGACAACGAGGAGGUGACUUACAGAAGCAAAUUUCUGAAGAGCGAGACCUAUAAGAGAAACAUCAAGGCUGACAGGAUUGUUGUGUCUGAGUUUGGGACCAUGGUUUACCCUGAUCCCUGCAAAAACAUCUUCGCCAGGGCAAUGACACACUUCAGGAACAUCAUCCCCGAUUUCACUGACAACAACUUGAUCAACAUAAUUCGUUAUGGUCAGGACUGGUACGCUUCCUCUGAGGUCAACUACAUCAACCAAAUUGACCCACACACCCUGGAAACUGUGGGCAGGGUGAACUACAGGAACCACAUAGCUCUGAACUUAGCAACCGCUCACCCUCACUAUGACAAAGAGGGCAACACUUACAACAUGGGCACUGCCAUUAUUGGCCUCGGAGGGCCAAAAUAUGUCAUUUUCAAAGUGCCUGCAGCUGACUCAGACAAAGACUCCAAAAAGCCUGCUCUCAGAAAAGUUCAGCAGAUCUGUUCAGUUCCUUUCCGAUCCACUCUCUACCCAAGCUACUUCCACAGCUUCGGUAUGACUAAGAACUACUUCGUGUUCGUGGAGCAGUCCUUCAAACUGGACAUUGUGAAACUGGCAACUGCCUACUUCAGAGGGGUCAACUGGGGGAGCUGUCUUAAAUUUGACAAGAAAGAUAGUACAUUCUUUCAGGUCAUCAAUAUAAAAACAGGAAAAGCAACAUCCAUUUGUUACCAUGCUGAUGCUCUGGUGGUUUUCCAUCACAUCAAUGCCUAUGAGGACGAUGGCCAUUUAGUGUUUGACAUCAUCGCCUACAAGGACGCCAACCUGUAUGACAUGUUCUACCUCCACAACAUGACAAAAGAAACAGACAACUUCAUCAAUGCUAACAAGGACUUCUCCCCGCCAGUCUGCCAGAGAUACGUCUUGCCACUAAACAUCCAGAAGGAUUCUCCCAAAGGAACUAACCUUGUGACUUUGACGGACACAACAGCUCAGGCGGUGAUGCAGGAGGACGGCUCAAUCUACUGUAAGCCUGAUACAAUCUUUGAAGGAAUGGAGUUGCCAGGGAUUAAUUACAACUUUAAUGCCAGAAAGCACAGAUACUUUUAUGGCUCCAGGUUGGAGUGGUCUCCUCAUCCCAACAAGAUCGCGAAGGUCGACAUCGUCAACAAGACUCACAUCGAGUGGGAACAAAAAAACUGCUACCCUUCAGAGCCAGUGUUUGUUGCAUCUCCAGAAGCAGUGGAGGAAGAUGAUGGAGUCAUCCUGUCAUCCAUCAUUUCUUCAGAUCCAAGCAUUUCACCAUUUCUGCUCAUCCUUAAUGCCAAAACCUUUGAGGAGAUUGCCCGGGCCUCCAUCCCCGUCCCCGUCCACAUGGACCUUCAUGGACUGUUCAUUCCUGGCAUGGUGAAAUAAUAAAGUGGUUGGAAAAAUAAUGCUUUUUUUAAAGAUGUUCUAUAUGAUGCAGAACAUAGAGAUGAUAAAGUUACAGUUGAAUGAAAAUGGCAAACAAAGUGAAAGGUUGUCUUUGUAAUAGCAGUUUUUAUUUUCUACCCAAGAAGUUUACCCCAUGUUACCACAAUUCUAACAAAUUUUACUAGGAUUUAGUGGUAAAGCAACAGAGUGUUAUUUCCAUAAAUGCUUUACAAAAUCGCUGUUGAAGUGCUGGUGAAGAAAUUACCCGCCAGCUUCAACAGAAAUGCGCCUUCAGUGCUGUUGUUAAUCAUUUUACUGCACUUUAAGUUUGGUAAAAAUAUAUCUUUACUUUCCUGUUCCUUUUUAACAGUAUGAUAGAUAUUUUACAAUACUUUACAAUCAGAGCCUUUAUUUUAUUUUGAAAGGCCAAGGUUCAGUCUAGUACUCAUAACCUUGCUUAAAAACCAUAUAGGUUUCAGGUUUUUGAACCUGAUGGGUUCAUGUAAAGAAUAUAAAAUCUUAUUAAGCUUGCUGCUAUAAAAUAUUGUAUAUUUUGUAUAUAUGCUAUUAUUUUCUAUGAUUUCAGAUUCAGUAUUAAAUUUUAAACUUUGUGUAUAUUUGGAAAAGUUUGUUAAACUGUCUGCAUAACAUGAAGAAAGAACAAUUAAAAUAUAUUUUAAUUCACAAAA